CGAUACCAGCUUCACCAACUAAUAUACAACGAAUCAACCAACCCACAAGUAAACAACGCCGAGAAACCUUUUUAAUCCUGUCUAUUUUUUUUUAAUUACCAUUAGAGCACGGAACCAUGGCGUCGCACAAGGAGAUUGUGUCCUCCUUCGUUGAGGGAGCUCCCCCUGGCGAGCUCGCCGAUGUUGUUGCAGACAUCAAGGCCCUUACUAGCUCGACCCCUAAUCUGCUGAACGAGCUUGGACCUGCGUUCCAAAAGUACAACGAGGAACAGUUCACGACGGUGAAGCUCCCCGGUGGUAGCCAACCUGUUAUCAUUAGCUCCCAUAGUUCUCUGGAGGAUGGUCGUUACUACGACGUCGAGAGCUCCUCGAGCUUCGCCUACGACCACAUUACUCAGAAAGCCAGCGAUGUUCAGAGUCACGUCCUAGAAGGCGAACAGACCGACCUGGUAAAAUCCACGGUCAAGGGGCUUUCAGCCUACGUCAAGGAGCACUUUCCUAACGCCGCCUAUGGCGCGUACCCGAUAGAGAAUGACACCAAAGUCGCGGUUGUCAUUGUCGCGAACAAGUACAGCCCGAACAACUUCUGGAACGGACGUUGGCGCUCGCUAUACAUCUACGACCCAUCCAACAACUCCAUUGAGGGCUCCAUCAAGGUCGACGUGCACUACUAUGAGGACGGAAACGUGCGUUUGUUGACUAACAAGACAGUCACCGCGACCGUGUCGUCGGGCACCGGCAGCGGCAUUGCCAAGGAGAUCUCGGUGAACGAGAAGAAGUACCAGGAGGAAUUGAACAAGAGCUUCACAAGCCUCAGCGAGGGCGCUUUCAAGGGCUUGAGAAGACAGCUGCCGGUGACGAGACAGAAAAUCGAGUGGGACAAGGUCGCCAGCUAUCGCCUGGGACAGGAUAUCGGUGGUGGAAGCUCUAGGCGGUAAUGGGUGUAUGGACGGAUGGACCUGAGUAAUAUAAGCCUAGGUAGUACGAAGGAGAGAGGGCGAGCACUGCUGGCAGUGGCCAAACCAAAUUCAAGUCAGUACAGAAGAACCAAAGAAGGAAGAGCACAGCUCACUCAUGUU